UCUGCUAGCGUGUGUCAGUUUCUGGCCAGAUGUCAGAGUCCGACAGGUGGGUUCGGUGGAGGUCCGUGUCAACACGCUCACCUGGCUCCCACCUACGCAGCUGUAAAUGCCCUUUGCAUCCUGGGCACAGAAGAGGCCUACGAAGUCAUCAGCAGAGAGAAGCUUCUGGAUUUCCUGUACUCUGUGAAGCAGCCAGAUGGCUCCUUUGUGAUGCAUGUGGGCGGGGAGGUGGAUGUCAGGAGUGCAUAUUGUGCAGCUUCUGUGGCUUCACUCACCAAUAUAAUCACCCCCACCCUGUUUGAUGGGACGCACAAUUGGAUUCUCAGCUGUCAGAACUGGGAGGGCGGUUUAGGUGGAGUACCAGGACUUGAAGCACAUGGCGGCUAUACCUUCUGUGGAACUGCUGCCCUGGUCAUACUGGGCAAAGAACAUAUGCUGGAUCUCAAAACCUUGUUACGCUGGGUAACCAGUAGACAAAUGCGUUUUGAAGGUGGUUUUCAGGGCCGCUGUAACAAGCUGGUGGAUGGGUGUUACUCCUUCUGGCAAGCAGGGCUAUUACCGUUACUCCACAGGGCUUUUUUUAAAGAAGGAGACUCAACGCUGAGCGUGAGUAGCUGGAUGUUUGAGAGAAAGGCCCUGCAGGAAUACAUCCUUCUCUGCUGCCAGAAUCCUGGUGGAGGCCUUCUGGACAAACCGGGCAAGUCUAGAGAUUUCUACCACACGUGCUACUGUCUGAGUGGACUCUCGAUAGCACAGCAUUUUGGAAACAAAGACCUUCAUAACGAGCUGAUCCUCGGUCGGGACGAGAACAGACUGGUACCAACUCAUCCAGUUUACAACAUCUGCCCAGAGAAGGUCGCCCAAGCGAUUGAACAUUUCCACCGGUUGCCUGUUCCAGUUCAGACAGGACCUACACCAAGUGCAAUGGACCAGUCAUAGACUUUUCCUCUUUUUCUAUUCUAAAGUUAUUUUGGGGGUUUGAGCUAGCUUGACCUAACGCAGAGGCAUCUUCUGUAAAUGCUGUUAUAGCCAAAUGUCCUUUGCUGGUGUGUACAGCAUCUACAGAUGGGGAAACACUCUGAGGGUCUGAUCUACUACAGCUUCAGCAUGGGGUUAUGGGUUUUAGCCAGGGAAAACAGUAGAGACUGACUAGGCGAGGUGUUUUUCAUGCACCAGUCGUUGAUUGAUAUUUUAUUGCACAUACCAGCUUAUUUUGGGCUUUGGUAAAUGUUUCCCAGAGUGCACGUGGCAGUAGGUUCUGGACAGAAAUAAAGACUUGGAUGGAAGUUUUCUGGUUGGUGUAUUAUGGAUGAUCUAUACUCACUGUAGGCAGUCCAUCAUUUGACUUUAAUUUCUGUCAUUUCUAAUUAAUGCGUGCGGUUUGACGGGUACGAAUAUGGUAACUGCUGAAUAUGUAAAUAUAGUUUGGCUACUCAGCCAUGAGUACAGUGUUUACAUUUUGUAAUCUUUAGGUGCAAUUUAAAAAUAUCAUCUGUGCUGUUUAAUGAGCUUUUAAACUGUAUUCAAUAAUUCAGUCAUCAUGCUUUAAUCUUAAUGUGCUGGUAUGAAGUAUCAAAACAGAAUGGCAUUUUAUCAGAGCACAUUAAAGGAACAGUU